AGAAUGACAACCCGCAGAAGUAAACUGUAUCCACAGAAUUGUAAGUUCUAUCUCUAACCUUAUCAUCUCCGAAUGAGCCAGAAUGCUUAUGUAGGCUCUUACACCAUAAGCAGGUGCCGUGUCUUUUGUCAUAUUUAAAAGAAACUAGGAGCCUACUUUAUGGAACAAACUCUCAGUCUAUCCUCCCCAAUUGCCAUGGCUUCCCAAGCCCACCAGAUUCACUUUGUCUUGUUUCCUUUAAUGGCCCAAGGCCACAUGAUCCCCAUGAUGGACAUUGCUAGAUUGUUAGCUCAACAAGGUGUGAUAAUCACUGUAAUCACAACCCCAGAUAACGCAACCCGUUUCAAAACGAUUCUUGCUCGUGCUGUUGACUCUGGGCUCCAAAUCCACAUAAUUCAACUCGAGUUUCCAAGUGAAGAAGCAGGAUUACCAAAAGGGUGUGAGAAUAUCGACAUGCUACCUUCGCCAGACUUGAUCUUUAAUUUCUUCACUGCAACUAGCAUGCUACAACAGCCAGUUGAGAAAUUGUUUGAAAAGCUGACACCCCGGCCAAGAUGCAUCAUCUCUGACAUGACUUUCCCAUGGACAGUGAAUCUUGCUAGCAAGUUUCAUAUUCCAAGGAUUUCUUUCCAUGGAACAUGUUGCUUUUGUCUCUUUUGCUUGCGUAGUUUGCACAUUUCCAAGCUUCUUGAGAGUAUAUCCUCUGAAACUGAGUACUUUGUUGUGCCUGGCUUGCCUGACCAGAUUGAAAUUAAGGUAACAAAAGCCCAGUUACCGGGAGCUCUCGCUACAAGUCUGAAAGAUUUUAACGUACAAAUGAGGGAAGCUGAAAUGGCAUCCUAUGGGAUAAUUAUGAAUACAUUUGAAGAGUUGGAGCCUUGGUAUAUCAAAGAGUACAAGAAGGCAAGAAUGGACAAAGUUUGGUGUGUUGGCCCUGUCUCACUAUGCAACAAAAACGACUUGGAUAAGGCUCAGAGAGGGAACAAGGCCUCAAUUGAUGAGCACCAGUGCUUGAAAUGGCUUGAUUCAAGGGAACCAAACUCUGUAGUCUAUGCUUGCCUUGGAAGCCUUUGCAAUCUAAUAUCUUCCCAAUUGAUAGAGCUUGGGUUGGCCUUGGAAGCAUCAAAAAGACCAUUCAUUUGGGUUAUAAAGGGGGGAGAUAAGUUGCAAGAAUUGGAAAAUUGGAUUGCAAAAGACCAAUUUGAGGAAAGGAUCAAAGGAAGAGGCCUUAUAAUUCGAGGUUGGGCUCCGCAAGUACUUAUAUUGUCACACCCUGCUAUUGGAGGAUUCCUAACACAUUGUGGUUGGAAUUCAACUUUAGAGGGGAUCUGUGCAGGCAUUCAAAUGCUUACUUGGCCCUUAUUUGCAGACCAAUUUUUGAAUGAGAAACUUGUUGCACAAGUACUAAAAAUUGGUUUUAGGAUUGGGGUUGAGGAUCCUUUGAAGUGGGGGGAGGAGGAGAAGAUUGGUGUGUUGGCGAAAAAGGAAGACAUUAAGAUAGCCAUAGAUAGGUUGAUGGAUGAAGGAGAGGAAAGAGAAGCAAGACAAAAAAGAGCCAAAGAGCUCAGUCAGAUGGCAAAGGGAGCUGUGGAAGAAGGGGGGUCUUCUGAUGUCAACAUAAAACUUCUAAUCCAACAUAUCAUGGAACAAGCAAGUGGUGGAAAUCCAAACUAAUGUAUCAAUGUAAAAGUCAGGGAAGGAUUUUCUUCAUUUCAUUUUAAACUGCUUUUUGUUGUCCGAUAUAUUACAAAGUUUUGUGACUUAGGUAUCACAACUAGCACAUCCCAGUCUCAAAGGAUAUUCCUAGUAGUCUAUCACUGACAGUGACAUCAUAGUUGGUAUUUGCUAUGAGGUUGGAAAGAAGCUUUUUUAUGCAUAUCCGAAAUAUACAUUUUAAGUGUCAAGAGUCGUGUAAUUUGCUGAUAUUGCUUAAUUCUCCCAUAUGAGAAAACUUGAAUUCAAAUCCA